CAAUAUUUCCUAGGCUCAAAAAGCUAGAACCCAGAACCGUAAAACCAGUUAAAAAAAAUCCUGUAAGUACGGCUGUGUUUCUGAACGUGCGGAACCGUUAAUCUUUGUUUUGACUUUUGAAGUUUUGACAAAUUACUGAAUUUUUUUGAAACAGUGGAACUAGAAGACAAACUUUUUCCUAAAUAAUUAGUGAAAAACAAAGAUAAAAUAACUUAAACAUGUCAUAAUAAUUUAUAGUUUUCAAAUAAAAAACUUUAACAUUUAUUCUACCAAGUAGCAAAGUUCGAAGACUUCGAAAACUAUGGGAUACGAACAUUGCACGUUGUGAUACUCUAAUCAUCAGAUAGUGAUUAGGGAGUUUCGAAAUGACUUCUUCGGACUUAAAACUGAUAGAGAGGCUUAGAAAUGAGAAUUUAGAACAAUUUUUCACAUUAGUGCGAAUGCAUUUAUCAUUUGUUGUAGAUAUAAACACAGACGAUGUUGACUGUUCGACAGACAAACCAAAGCAAUUCAGAUGGAACUUCCAUAAGAGAGCCAAAACUCCCAGUUCUACUACUUGUCAGAAUGCUAACUAUCCAAAGAAAAGUGAAGAGGCAAACUCUAUUACUGAUGAUGGGGUACAAAGACUCUAUGAGCUGAUAGAUUUCCUAUCAAAACCUGACAAUGUGACACAAGAAGGAAUCUUCCGUCGAACUGGCUCGCUCAGUCGUCAGCAAGAGCUGCGUCAGUUGUUGCUCUCAGGCUCAAGCUUGGGUCUCACGGAGGGCAGGUUUUCUGUCCACGACUGUGCAUCUGUACUGAAGGGAUUUUUGGCCGAAUUGCCCCAACCAUUGCUGAUGGAUCAAUAUUAUCAAACUUACUGCACAUUGGCAGCACAAUACCCCCCACACGCCAAGUCGUCAGAGACUAAGUUGCUGACAGCACUACAGUUGCUGCUAUUACUCCUGGCUCCAUCGCACAGGAAGUUUCUGGAAAGACUGCUUGGCUUGCUGCGACUGGUGGCAGACAACGAAGCGAGCAAUCGCAUGUCGCCCGACACUCUGGCGACUAUGUUCACACCGCAUUUGCUGUGCCCGAGAAAGCUAUCACCAGAAACAUUUCACGCGGACUCGAUAGCUCUCGCGCCAGUCAUAAGCUUCAUGAUACGUCACUGCACAGUUCUGUUCGCUGCACCAACGCGCCUAGCGACCGACGCAGCCGCUUACUUCACAGUACGAGAGAGAAAACGCGCUAUGUCGCCCGACGUGGACUUGGAUGAAAGUAUCACUGACAGGACGGCGGCGAACACAGUGUAUACGUUUGUAGACAGACGUCGAACGUGCGCGGAGAACGCACGCAACCCAACCGACACGGCGCUAGCGCAGUUGUACGCACACAUACAAGCGCUGCCCGACUCCGCGCACAAGCGACGCCUCGUCAAACACUUCAACCGACAGAACGGAUACGGAACUCCAAUACAAAUCCAGCGUACAGGCAAAGUGGCCGGCUCUAGAAGUUUCGGUGACUCCAUCAAAAGGCACAUCUUCAACAAGGGUCUAUUGAACAAGACACCCAAAAAAGGCUCUGGGUCCACUAUCAAUACAAUUGAAGAGAAGUCCAAAGGCAAAAAAUACAUGGAUGAUAACAAGGUUGACGUAUCACAUAAGAACAUAGUACUAAAGAAUUUAGCGAAUAAAAUAGUCAGUUCGGAGUCCCUUGACGACGAUUACGAUUCUGACUGUAGCCACGAAAGUACGCUUUCGGACGGGGCUUUGAAUAGAUCCAGGAAAAGAAGUCCUAAAUUCGUUUCCGAACCGAAUUUGAGCGUGCUAGAUACUAAUGAGGAAACCCCAAAGAACAACAGAAAACGUUCGAGAUUAUUCCGUUCGAAAAUAACAACGCAACACAUAAACAAGAAGUAUCAGAAAAGAUCGACGGCUAUACGUGGAACGCCGUCGUCUUGCGUUUCUUGUUUCGACGACCAAGAUUCGGAGAACGAAUCGCUAAAGGAAAAGAGCUUGGAAGUCACGCCAACGAAAUCUAAGCCUUGCGCUGAAGACAUAGAGUUCAAAAUGCAUUACCUGACAAGUACGCCAGGGUUUAGUGAGGAGGCUUUCGACGAGGAUUGUAGUACCCCAUACACGAUUAACUUUCGUAGAGCCUCGAUGUCGCCCAUAACGAAAUCCACGCAGAAGUUGUCUAAAGCGAUGCAGGAAUCAAUAAUGACUCCCAGGUCACGUAAACCGUUGAUAAUAACAUCGGAGCAAAGAGACUGUAUGCCCGAGAGCGCCGAAGUUAAGGACGAAUCGGUCAAAUCCGACAUUUACCGGUCGAUGUCUCCGAAAAACGACAGCGAUUUUGUAUCUUCCGACGAUGAUAUGAUUUCGAGGUCAUCUCUGUCUUGUGAGAGAUCAAAUCAUUCAGCCAGCACAUCCCAUCAAGUAAAGACGCGUUUAGACGCUCGAACGCAAUCCGACAUAAGUCCACUCCGAUCAGAAACCAGCCGAUUCCUUACAAGCCAUAAUAAAUAUUGUGCUGACGAUCUAAACGCAACCUUAUGCGGUAGUGAUGAUGUGAACCUGAGACCAAAGAUAAAUUCAACCUGUGAAAUGACCAGUAUUUCUGAAAGGACAAAGUCUCUGACGGAACCUUUUAGAGACUAUUUAUUAAGUCGAUCAGUAUUAACAGCGACACCAGUCGAUUUAUCGAUACUAAACAAAUCGGAUGCUGACGAUAAAAUAUCGGAAUCCCUUAUGUAUUGUUUAGACGGUAAUGUCCCAUCCGAUUUGACGUCGUCGAUUGGCAAUUUGGCCGUGGAUUCGAUAUCGGAUGGUGUGAGGUCGCCAUUAUUGAAUAUAAAUAAUGUAAAUAUAGAAUUAAGUCCGCAUAGAAAGCGGUGCGCGAUUCCUUCAAAUGCCGAUACAAAUAGUAAAAGAGUUAACAUUGAAAAGGAGAAUGUAAAUAAUUUCGAGUUGCGCGAAACUGAUCUCUAAUUAUCAUACGUAUUACGUACGGGCGAAUUAAGAAACGUGUCUUAAUAUUUAAAGUGUCAUAAAGGAUCUAAGAGUAUCUUAAAUAUUAAGUGAGCGAUUUUUGCUUUUGUCUAUACAGAAAAUGUCAAAAAACAAAGGCCAUCUUAUCAACUGCAUGCAGUUUGAGCUGUGAAACACUGGCGUUAAAGUGAAAUAGACAUUAUGUGAUUUGUUUCAAAGUUCAAUUUCCUCUAUACAUCUACAAUCAGAACUCUAAGCAGAAGCCUUGCGAUGCUAAAAUUAGUGGUACUGAAUUUUCGAUUUUAAAUCAAAGAAAUUUAGGUCCAAUUUACUCUGAGCUAUUGUGUUUCAAUGCUCAAAUUGUAUCAGUGUUGCAUUGAUCAGAUGUUAAAUCUUAUACAAAGCCUAUAGAGCUUUAUAAUACAUACUAAGCCAAUACUGAGAAGUAUUUUAUAAGAAAAUCUUAAGUUUAUGUUAUUUUAAUUUAUUUCUGUUUAUUUUUCUCUAUAUAGAAAAUGCCUCUUAAUAUUUAAGAAGUUCUUAAGCACUGUAUACAACACUUUUAAAAUUCUUACUUUUCAUUGUUCGGUCAUGUUUUUUAUUCGUGCUUGAUUUAUGUAUUUUAACAUGUGUAGUAAUAAAAAUUUAUACAAUACUUAUACAUGGCUUGUACCAACGAUCUCUAUGUAUUAUGCACUAGAUUGGCCAUUCAAAAUAAGAAUUUUUUGGUGUUUGUAGCCUUUGCUUAUAACCCAAAAGAAUAUGAAUAUACAUUUUUUUGCGGAUUGGCCGAAAAGUUUCCUUUAAUGCGGUUUCCUCAUGCAGCGAUUUCUGCUUCUGCUUUAUUCUAUAUCUGUAUAUCUGUUAGCUUUUCCGCAAUGUCGGGCUGCGGGUCAGCCAACCCGAGCCCACGCCCGUUAAACGCAACUCUAACGGAGCGCACAAUCCUUGGCCUGGCCAGAGUGAUAUGGUGUUCUAUUUUUAUAGAGGUGAGGUAUGCAUGGUGGUAAUGCUUAUCUGCCAAUUUUGUCUAGUUUGCAGAGUUCAAGUUUAUAACUCUGGAUCGUGCUGCGAAUACCCAGAAAACCAAUCCUAGACCCUUUACAAAAAGCGACAGUUUGCGGAUUGGCCGAAAAAUUUCCUUUAAUGCGGUUCCCUCAUGCAGCGAUUUCUGCUUCUGCCUUAUUCUAUAUCUGUAUAUCAGUAUAUCUGUUAGCUUUUCCGCAAUGUCGGGCUGCGGGUUAGCCAACCCGGGGUGGUCAAAAAGUCGUGGAUCAAACGCAAUAGGGAAAUAGAGGAGUAAUGUGGUACCCAGAGCCUCAAUAGAACGUUUGUAGUGUUGAUAAUUUAUCUAGUAAUGACACAACAUCGUCUGUUUUAUUGUAUUUUUUUUAUUCGGUAUUUUGUUAAAAAAAAACAAAAAUAUUCAUAACUUAUAUGGAUGGCCAUAAUGUAGGAUUAUUUUUUUUGUUGGAAAUGACCUCCUCUAUCUCCCUAUUGCGUUUGAUCCACGACUUUUUGACCACCCUGUAUAAGCCAUUCCGAAGCAUCGGUAGAUGCAUUUGACGAUUCAAAAGUACUUGUAAAACUUUAAUUGAAUCAAAAAUAUUUUUAUUCUGUUCUUAAUCACUAUGCAUUUUCUUGUAACUUGAUGGUCAGUGUCAUGUUUGGUUUAACACACUGAAUUGGGCAAAUAUAAUACGCGACAGGUUGACAUGACCCGCACAGCGCCCGCGCUAACCCGAUACGGGCGAGCACGGGUGACGUGUGGAUGUGCGCCAGUCUAGCGUACUUGUAUUAGUAGAGGUCAGUGGGUUUAACAUCUUUGUAGGACACGAUUAUUGUUUGGAAUAGCUGUUCUAUAUGUAUUAUGUAUAUUUAUAUAUUCAAUGGUUUAUACACGUCGAAUGACCGCAAAGUCCGACGCUUACCUACAGAACGGAGUGGAGCUAAAACACUGCGUCUUCAUUUAUUACAACUCAGCUCUAUUAACUUUGUCAUACGGUUGAAAUUUGUAUAACUAAAAUAAAACACGGACGGCACUCAAGCUGUGAUCUAUAAAGCGUACUAAAACUUUGAUCCGACUUUUUAAGUAGAGUUAAAAGAUAUCAAUCUAUCUAUUUUAACUGUACCUCAAGUCUGAGCAAAGUCAAAGUAUGAAGUAACUAUACAAGGUGUUUCUUAUUAUCCCUAACAUCCUGGCAAGCUGAGAAGUUAAGACUCAUGUGUAGAUGGACCUAAAAAAUUUGAGGCUCGCAGCAGCCGUAGCGUGAUAUCGGUGGGAAAGUUUAAAACUCCAAUAUAAUCUAAUAAGCCUGCAAACAGCUGAAUGCGGAAAUGUAAACAAAUUCUGAGUACUCGAAAUACCAUUUUAACGUUUGUCAAGUAGCAGCAAGAUCUAUGGCACUAACUAUUUGGUGCUAUAUGGCUCAUUUGUGCGCAAUAGAUCAACUUUAAAGAGCACGCUAUGCCAUUGUGAAUAAAGCUUAGUUUUAGUUGUUAUUAAAAAAAGAUUGGCUUGGUUGUCCUCCACUCUGCAGGUGUACACUGCACUUGAAGUCCAUAAGCCAUAAGCAGUAGGUAUAUAACUUUUUGUUUUGUGCCUUCUCACUAACUAAAAUGGCCAAAAAUACGCGUUACCCAGCUAAAAAGGUGCGUUUCACAUUCCCGUUCGCUCACAAUUUGCGAUUUCCAUUCUACACAUCCGUGAAGAAGCUUCGCUUCACAAGACAGGGGGAAGUGUAUAAGCGAUGCAGAAGGGUCCAUAUGGGUCCAUUAAUAAUUGUAUUUGCGCAUGAGUAUGCCCGCAUAUUAUGCGAAUAGGUAUGCAUAAUAAUAUUAUGAUAUACCAUAGAUUCUUUAUAAAUUAUGUUUUAGGUAACUAAUCAUCUGAUUCUGAUGGUGCCUGUAUAUUAUUAUUAUUAUUUUAAUUAUAAAUAAAAGUAUUACAAUGAA